AAACCCUUUCAAUAAAAUUCUGCUCAGCGGCCGGCCAAUCGGUCAAACCUAGUUCUAGAUCCUCCUCGCCAACAGUCAGGCUAAGUGUGCUCAGGUGCAACAAAGAAAAGAACACAAAAGUGCUGAUAAAGUUCCGUUCGUCGAACCACCCCUCGCUCUAAUUUAGAAAAGCAGCAAUGGAGGAUCUUGACAAGCAGCAGCUGGAACUGCUGAGAAACGCCUUCAACGCGUUCGAUCAGGAGAAGAAGGGAUGCAUCGGCACCCAGAUGGUCGGUACCAUCCUGAGCAUGCUGGGUCACCAGUUGGACGACCAGCUGCUCAAGGAAAUCAUCGACGAGGUCGACGCUGACGGUUCCGGUGAACUGGAGUUUGAGGAAUUCGUUACCCUGGCUGCCCGGUUCCUGGUUGAGGAGGAUGCCGAAGCCAUGCAGCAGGAGCUGAAGGAAGCCUUCCGUCUGUACGACAAGGAAGGCAACGGCUACAUCACCACCCAGGUGCUGCGCGAAAUCCUUAAGGAGCUGGACGACAACAUAACCAAUGACGAUCUGGACAUGAUGAUCGAGGAAAUCGAUUCUGAUGGUUCCGGAACCGUUGAUUUCGAUGAAUUCAUGGAAGUCAUGACUGGUGGAGAUGACUAAACGCAUCAGCGCUAUCCCGUCCAACUCAGUAUACCAUCCACCUUUCGCUAGCUUAAUGUUCGUUUUAAUAUUUAAUUACCUUCUACUCUAUCUUGAUAAUGUUAGCUUAAAUUUUCCACCUUGCUUUCUAUACAAGGAAUCAUGUUACCAAGUAAACGCAGUAGCACAGUAGCUAGAAACAGAGAAACAGAAUGCACGUGUCGUAGAGUCAAAACCAACCGCGUAGGAAUGGACGAAAGCAAAGUUUUUACAGUGAGGAAUCCUUAUUCCCGGAUGGUUCAAUCGUCCGUGUUCUUUGUUCCGGAUACUUGGACGCCAUUAUUUUGCUGAAGAGGAUAUCAUAUCCGGUCAACAUUAUAUCCGGUUAAAGUAAUCCGAAUAAAGGAAUACAGGCACCCAAGCCAUCCGGGAAUCAGGACACUCGACUGUAUUUGCUACCACCGAGAAAGGAGAAAAACAAUGGUCAGGAAUAAAAAUAACAAUAUUCGACACUACACACACAAUACAAGAAGCCCCAUCGAUGCCGGCAGGGGGUAGUUCAAAGUUUGAAUCGCGUCGCUAGCCAACAUCUAUGUAACAGUGUUUAUUGAGUCAUACAAUUUAUCGCUGCAACUCGGACCGGGUCAAACUCUGUAUCCUACCAGCUACCACCCUUGUUUCAAACUCCACCCGAACCACGUGAACAAAAAGCAGCAGCAGCUGGUACCCGGGAGCUAGUUUUCAACUUUUUCGAAAACAGUAAUUGUAUUGUUGUACAAAAUAAAAUCAAUUUGUACUGGAUAA